UUACACAGCUCUCUCUCUCUCACAGAGUGAGAAUCCAACGGAGACAUGGGAGAAGGGAAGGGUUCGACUCUGGUUUACCUUCUCGUCGUUGUUCUCAGCUUAGUCGCCUUCGGGUUCGCCGUCGCCGCCGAGCGCCGCCGCAGCAUCGGAAGAACUAUGACAGAUGAGAUAACAAAUGCGACGUAUUGUGUUUAUAACUCCGAUGUUGCCACUGGUUAUGGAGUUGGAUCUUUCCUUUUCCUUCUUUCGAGCGAAUCACUGCUUAUGGGUGUGACCAAGUGCAUGUGCUUUGGAAGACCUCUAGCUCCAGGCAGCAACCGAGCAUGGUCUAUAAUCUACUUCAUGUCUUCUUGGGUUACAUUUCUGAUAGCAGAAGCUUGCCUGAUAGCAGGUGCGACGAAGAACGCUUACCACACUAAGUACCUCAAACCCCAACACUUCUCGUGCGAGUCAUUGCGCAAAGGCAUUUUCAUUGCGGGAGCGAUUUUCGUGGUUGCCACUAUGAUCCUCAACGUGUAUUACUACAUGUACUUCACCAAGUCGGUUUCUUCACCGCCCGCCCACAAAUCGAACCGACAUGGUCCAACCGUCGGUAUGGCUGGUUAUGCCUAGAGCAUGGACUGGUUAGGGGUUUAGCCAUUUCAUUUGUGGAUAUGUUCAAGGUCGCUCCAUUGUUAUUGCAUCAUCGUGCCACCUCCUACUCAUGUUUUGUACUUUUGUUGGUUUUAAGGCUUUGGAGUCGAUUGCUGAAAGGACAUGACUUUUUUCUCUCGGACAUGUGCCAUGUGAAACAUAUAAAUAUCAUACCUAAUUUUCUUCAUA